UGAAUGUAAUCAGUGGUUAGUCGUCAGUAUGACGAUUCACUGUGGCGAGCCCUAAUCGGGAAAAGCCGAAAGUGACUUUCAUGCGUACGUGUGGCGUAAUGACGUCACGACCCCGGAAAUCAGCAGGCAAGCUGUGUUGUCUUAGCAGUGGAGCAGGUAUUUGUGCAGACCCAACCGAACCAGACAGAAAACCUGCAACACGGCUGUUGUUACCAUUGUCAUUUGUUAUUUUGUUGUUGUCUCUGAGCGCCGCCAUCAUGAACGUGACGCUCGCGGUGAAACAGUACGUCUCUAAGAUGAUCGAGAGCAGCGGGCCCGGGAUGAAGGUUCUGCUGAUGGACAGAGAGACGACCAGUAUAGUGAGCAUGGUGUACACUCAGUCAGAGAUCCUGCAGAAGGAGGUUUACCUCUUUGAACGGAUUGACUCUCAGAACAGAGACAGCAUGAAACACCUGAAGGCCAUCUGCUUCCUCCGACCCACCAAGGAGAACGUGCAGCAUCUGAUUCAGGAGCUGAGGAGACCAAAGUACAGCGUCUACUUCAUCUACUUCAGUAAUGUGAUCAGUAAGAGUGAGAUCAAAGCUCUGGCUGAAGCUGAUGAACAGGAAGUGGUGGCUGAAGUCCAGGAGUUUUAUGGAGAUUUCAUCGCUGUGAAUCCUCACCUGUUCUCCCUGAACCUGCUGGGAGUUGCCAGGGGCCGCAGCUGGGAGCCCUCCCUGUUGGCUCGCUGCACUCAGGGUCUGACCUCCGUCCUCCUGGCGCUGAAGAAGUGUCCAAUGAUCCGCUACCAGCUGUCGUCAGACAUGUCUAAACGCCUGGCCGAGAGCGUCAAGCAAAUCAUCACAAAGGAGUAUGAGCUGUUUGACUUCAGGAAGACUGAAGUCCCUCCUCUGCUGCUGAUCCUCGACCGCAGCGACGACGCCAUCACACCUCUGCUCAACCAGUGGACUUACCAGGCGAUGGUGCACGAGCUGCUGGGUCUGAACAACAACCGGAUUGACCUGUCCAGAGUCCCGGGGAUCAGUAAAGACCUGAGGGAGGUGGUGCUGUCUGCAGAGAAUGACGAGUUCUACGCCAAUAACCUGUACCUGAACUUUGGAGAGAUCGGCACCAACAUAAAGAACCUGAUGGAGGACUUCCAGAAGAAGAGACCCAAAGGACAGCAGAAGCUGGAGUCCAUCGGUGACAUGAAGGCAUUUGUUGACAACUAUCCUCAGUUUAAGAAGAUGUCGGGCACUGUAUCCAAACACGUGACGGUGGUUGGGGAGUUGUCUCGGCUGGUGUCCGAGCGUCAGCUGAUGGAGGUGUCGGAGGUGGAGCAGGAGCUGGCCUGUCAGAACGACCACUCCAGUGCUCAGCAGAGCGUCCGGCGCCUGCUGCAGAACCCUCGUCUGUCAGAGCUGGACGCCGUCCGCCUGGUCAUGCUCUACGCUCUGAGAUACGAGCGCCACAGCAGCAGCAUCCUCCCGUCUCUGAUGGAUGAGCUGAGCAGGAGAGGAGUGUCUGAGCGCCACCGUAGGAUGGUGCAGGCUGUGGUUGAGUACGGAGGGAAACGAGUCAGAGGAAGUGACCUCAUCACGCCCACAGACGCCGUUGCUAUCACCAAACAGUUCUUCAAAGGACUCAAGGGAGUGGAGAACGUAUACACUCAGCAUCAGCCGCUGCUUCAUGACACUCUGGAUCAGCUGAUCAAAGGUCGGCUCAAGGACAGCCAGUUCCCGUACCUGGGACCCAGCAGCCUCCGAGACAGACCUCAGGACAUCAUUGUGUUUCUGAUUGGUGGAGCCACGUAUGAAGAAGCUCUGAUUGUUUACAACCUGAACCGCAGCACACCUGGAGUCCGCAUCGUGCUGGGAGGAAGCACCGUUCACAACACCAAGAGUUUCCUGGAGGAAGUGAUGUCAGUGACAAGUCAAGGUGGUGACCAACUGCAGGGAAGUGGUCGCCAUGGCAACCGGCGCUGAACACAAAUGAAAAGACUAUUCCUAACUUUAUGUUUGUAUUUGUCCGACAUCAUCUCCGUGCUCAGACGUUUCAGAGGUGUUUGUUUUUUUUGUCGUCCUUGUUCACACACGAGGUGGUCAGAUAAUUAGGAACACCUGUGAAUAAAACAAUGAGUUCAACAAAAAUCAGAGCAGGUGGAUUGUGUUAGACUGUACAGGUGUACCUAAUAAAGUGGACACAGUGUCUGUUCUCUAGUGAACCUUAAUGUGCAGCGUAACUCGGUGUGUGUUAGCUCAUGGCUGCAGACGUCACUUCACUAAAUGCACUUCAUGCUGUAAAAACAACAGUGUCACUGUUUCCUCUCUGCAUCUGACUCGCUGUUAGUUUCUCUGCUCUCACACACACACACACACACACACA